AAAAUGGCAUCAGAUGAAGGUAUGACGGUUGUUUCAUCUAUGCAAGACGAUGAGUACGAUGAUCUUGAUAUUGGGUUUCAUCCACAUAACUUGUCCAGGCUUUCUAUGUGUACUAGCUCCAUGUGCACUAAUGAUGGUGAUGGUGAUGGUGAUGGUGAUGAUUAUGAUGAUGAUGAUCAUAUGGGGAUGUCUCUGUACAUGUCGAGAUUGUCUAUAGAAAGCUUCGAUGAGGAUGCGGAUGUGGACGAAGAGUUCUCCGGGAAGAAGUUUCUCGAGCUGUCGUCUGACUCCGACCAAGAACCUAGCUGUAACUCGCUUCCCGCAACGCCGCCUCGUCGGAGGACCAGGACGGGGACGUUGACGAUGGUCAAAGAUUGCGCCAGCUACAACGAAGCUCAAAAGGGGAGUAUCGGGAGGCCGGGAGGGCGGAGCAGCCGGAGCAAGAGUUCGAGGAAGAGGAGGGUUAUAAGGGAAAGAUGGGCGAGGUGAGUGGUGGCACUAAAAGUGAGA